UUCCCGGCGACGGCCCAGUUUCACUCUUACAACACAGCCGCACGCCGCGCUUCUCCAGCCUCUUCCUCAGACUUCCUCUGGUCUUUCUACUUCCCACUCCCUCUACAGAUAGAUGAGGCCCUAAUGCUGCGCGCCCAUAUCAGAUAUUUUAAGCCCGGACUCAUUUCCCCGACUCCUGCGUCAAGCUUGAUCUCGUUCCUGCAUCUGCCUCCUGAGGCCUGUCCCACCCGUUUCGCGCCUCUUCAUUGCGCUGCUCGGAUUCCCCUAGUCCGAGCCCCUUCUAAAUUCUAGGGCCUCCAAGAGCUCUUCAAGGGGUCGACAACGCGAGGGAUUC